CCCGAGUCAUGUGACCAUAAAAUACUGUAACAAAAAGUCCCUGUACGCUUUGAAGGUUCUAAUUUCUAUCUCAUCGAGCCCAACGCAACUCUUCAUACACCGAAGAACCCAUCAUUGAGAGAGGGCUUCGGUGUUCUUAGAUCCUCCAUCACGGAUCGUAUAAACAGUGUACGAGCCGCCACUCCCCAGGAAAAACAAGCGGCGAUCUGCGUCCCAUCUGUCUUGGGAGCCAGGUCAGCCGCGUCCAAAAGCAGUCCUGCUCUGCAUCGCCUCCACAACUCUCGUUAUCCCAACCAUGCAACAGCCUGUUGACUAGUUUCCGUCAAACCACCGUAAAGCUUAAUAAUAGUGAGCACCUGCUAUAAUCCAGCCAAUAUAUGGAUAAACUUCCGACAGAGAUUGUGGGCAUGAUUGUGAGAAAAUUGGAAAGUAGGGAUUUUCUCAAUUUUCGCCUUGCCAACAGAAGUCUCCGAGCAAGGUCAUUCCAGGAUUUCACUUUGAAAUUUUUUGAGACGCGACGCCACAUAUUAAGCCGACAUAGCCUUGAGACCCUUCGAAAUGUGGCUACCCACCCUGCUUUUGGCAGUGCAUUGCGUGUUCUCGUGAUCCACCCUGAUCACCUUACAGCACAUCACCUAGCCAAUCCCCGGAAUAAAGAAGCCGCUGCGGUGGAUAAAAUCAGCUAUGAACAACAUUUAGCCGAGCAGGACCAUCUGGCAGCAUCAGGCUACGAUACUGCAUGUCUCGCACAAGCCCUUUCCAAGGCAACAAACUGCAGGACAAUAUUCAUCGAGGAUGAUAUUAACCACCGCCCUUGGGGGGCUCGUUCUCUCGAGAAAUUGACCGGUGUUGAACCAAACUCCACAUUGGACAGUUCAGAAAGCCGGAAAUUCUUUGCUCGCGCUAUUCAUGUCAUCUUCGCUGCUGUUGCUGCAGGUUGUGUCCCACUGCAGCGGUUUGAACUCAAUGUGGGGUUGUCUAGAGUUCCAGUGGACCCAGGAAUGCUACAGCUUCCGGAUUUCUGCCUCACUAUGAGUCCUAUUACUUUGACACUCACAACCUUACGUAUCACAGUUGGCCCACCAGAGAGGGAAAGUGCGUUACCCUGGGCAAGGCAUCUAGUACGAUUUAUCGUGCAGUUUUCCGGGCUUGAAGUGCUACGUCUAGGGUUUGAUUCUCGUAUUCGAACAGGGGAUCUUAAGGCGCUAAGCGAAGGCAUUUGCCUCAAGAAUCUCCGCGUCUUGGAGAUCGACACGGUCAGUAGUACGGAAGACCAUUUAGCUAGGCUACUUCUUGCCCAUAAAAUGACUUUGCGCGACGUGUAUCUGGAAUUAAUCGAACUUCCAACUCUAGAGUCCUGGAAAUCAUUACUUAAGACCAUUCGGGAUGAACUUUGUUUAGACCGCCUUGAGAUCACGGACUGUGAAGCCAGUGAUCGUAUCAUUAUGUUCGGUGGCAAGCAGUUAUGGGAUUCUAUUAGCAUCCAAGGAGGGAAAGAAACUUUGGAUAAUCUCAUCGGAGCACUAAUGUUGGGGAAGAUGAUCUGAGCCACUGUUGGGUGACUGGACAUGCUCUUGUGGAGGCGGAUGCCAACCACGUGAGCUACAAAUACUCGGAGCUAACCGCGAAAUCGAAUAUAUGAUUUUCGAAGGAUUUCGGUCGACGGGGGCUGGUUGAUGGGAAGUAUGUAUCUCUAGCAGCUUACCUAGAAAGUCAUGUAACAGUUCCGCCGCUCAAGCCUGCCGUGCAGUCGGGCUCUUGCAACAUGUACGAUUCGUGUUGCAAAAUGCGUAUUUAGUAAGCGGUCUAAGAUAAAGACCACGACGUCUUGUGGCGGCAUGCUUUGCAACGUUUCCAAAUCAAUUGUCACAAGCUUGAGAUCCUGCCAUAUUGUUUAUUUUCCACCUUUUCGAAGCCGGGCUUAUAUUUCGUCGCUCCGACGCAGUGAGUACGCCGCUUACUGUCCGAAAUGUAAUCAAGGGCCCAAAGGCGCUUCCACCAUUUCACAUUCUCCAGGUCUCUGGCAACUAGAUGGCCAAUCAGGUCCUCCCGUAGCAUAUUGCACCGUUCAC